GCCUCAAAGUGUGGUUACGCUGCGACAGUGUGUCCGGCUUUUGUCACCAGUUUGAGGUGUACAUGGGGAGAGCACGUGGUCAGCGACAGAGUAUUCCGCUGGGCCAGGGCGUGGUAGAGAGGCUUACAGAGAGUCUUGUUGGAAAGAACUUUCAUGUAUUUUAUGACAGUUUUUUCACAUCGAUAACCUUAGCUAAAGUUCUGCUAGCAAAGAAAAUCUUCUCCUGUGGCACUAUAGUAAGGAACAGGAAAGGCUUUCCCACUGACUUGAAGUCCCUCCCCACACUUAAUAAAGGGGAUUUUCUCAUCAGACAGGAUGGCAAAUUGACGGCCACCGUCUGGAUGGAUACCAGACCCGUGGCUGUGUUAGCGACAAAUUCUUCGCCCCUACAGGAAAGUACACCCGCGUCACGGAGACUUAAGGACGGAUCUACAGUGGUGAUUCGCCGACCCGAGUCCAUCGCAAAUUACCAAAAUUAUUUCCGAGGGGUCGAUAUUUUCGAUCAGUUACGAUCGAACUACAGUAUAGGCAGACAGAGUAGAAAAUGGUGGAAGUACUUAUUGUAUUUCCUUAUUAAUUUGGCCGUCAUCGACUCCUUCAUCAUCUUUAAAGAAAGUGGUCAGUCAAGGAAAAAAAGAUACAGUCAACUGGAUUUUCGAUUGGCAUAAGCGGAACAGCUGAUUGGAAAAUUUUCUGGGAGAAAAGAGCCUACUUCAAGUCACAAACUUCAAAAUUUGACAGACUAUAAA